GGACGCGGGGAAGAUGUCCGCCACGCAAACGGGAUUUGGCAACUUCCUAUUGGACAGGAACGUCGGCAUGUCGGCUGGAUAUCAGAUCCCGGUGCUGGGUCUGCAGCAGCAGCAGCAGCAGCAGCAGCAUCUGGCGGCGAUGGCAGCUGGAGUUCCCAUCGCGUAUUCAGGACUGCCGGGAUACAACUUCAUCCCCUACCCGCAUCACAGACACAUGGCACACAUGGGCAGUGGCUUCGACCUGAAGGCCGCUUCUCCGUACCAUCACGCGCUCCUGGCUCGCGGAGGAGCCUUCUACGCGCCGUACCGCCCCGGAGCGGCGGAGGACGCGGGCCGCGUGGCGAAGGUGGCCACGCGCGAGAGCACCGGGGCCCUCAAGGCCUGGCUGAACGAGCACCUCAAAAACCCGUACCCCACCAAGGGCGAGAAAAUAAUGCUCGCCAUCAUCACCAAGAUGAGCCUGACGCAGGUCUCCACGUGGUUCGCCAACGCCCGGCGACGCCUGAAGAAGGAGAACAGGGUCAGCUGGGCGUCCAAGGGGAAGUCGGACGAGGAGGACGAGGAGCAGGAGGGCGAGAGCGACGAGGAAGACGCUCCCCUGCAGAAGUACGCGCUGGAUGCGGGGGACGGGGCUGAGCUGCACGUGGCGCGCGCGGACGCCGGUGGCGACGAGCGCAGCGCGUUGGAGCGAUCGGAAACCGGGGACGCGCGGCCGAGCGGCGACCACGGCGGCGCGGAGCGCGCGCCGGACGAGGAGGCGGAGGGGCAGAGAGACUCGGGUCACACGUCCGCUCUGGAGGGCAAAGAGAACGCCGGGCAAAAGCCCAAGAUCUGGUCCUUGGCGGAGACCGCCACGUCCGAAACUGCGAAGAAGCCUUUGAGCCAAAUUUACCAUCCCGCCGGGAAACUGUGGGCUGAGUGGGCCAGAACCGGACUGCUUGUUCCGUCAUGUUAUACCAGCCACGUCUAAGUUGAGAAUUAGACGCUUAAAAGACUUUUUCAGUAUCUUCUGCACUUUAAACUGUCAAACCUCAGGAACCCGAUUGUUGGUUCCCGAAGUUUACAAUGCAAUGAAAAUCUGUUCCAAAGAGACCAAAGACUGAUGUGGUGUUACUGUAUAUAAGUGUAGAUAUAUUUUUUCCAGCAUCGACCUGUAAAUUAUGUUAUCUUUGUCUAAUCAUGAAGAAAUAUUUUUGCCUAAAUAAAUCUCAGCUCAAGCGAAA